GGUCCGACCAGGAUGUGGAGCUUCUGCCAAUGAACGCUGGAGUUUCCUACAGACUUCAACAGGAGGAGGAAGCUGAACCUCAGCCGGCCAGCAUUCCAGUGGUGGGGGUGGUCCAGAUGUUGCAGGCGCUCGGCGGCAGCAUGCUGGACAGUCUGAAGGAAGUCCUGGUGGAGAGGGAAACACUCACCCUGGGGAAGGAGCUCGGCAAAGGAGAGUAUGGAUCAGUCUAUGAAGGGGUCUUCUCACCAGAGGAAGGAGGGGACAUGAAGGUGGCUGUGAAAACCAUGAGAGUUGGAAUCCACAGCCAGGAGGACUUGUAUGACUUUCUGAAAGAGGCAGAGAUCAUGAAGACCUUUGAUCACGAGAAUGUGGUCAGACUCCUGGGUAAGAAACCACCUAAUGUUUUCUAUCGGGCUGUGAUACUGUGUUUCUCCAGAAAUUAUUAGGACACAUCCACUUCCUCUCCCGUCCCACAAACCAUUGCAAGCUGGUCAUGCUGGUUGUUGGUAUUUGCAUUGAAAGGCAGGUUCAUUUAGCUAGAGGGCCGUCUUCAUACACAGUUCAGAAUCAGAAUCAGGAUAUCUUUACUGUCAUCAUACAUAGGUAUAACAAUAUUUUGUUGGCAUCCCUCACUGCAGUAAUGGAAAUAGCCACAAAUAAAUAAAAGCAGUGAUAAAAGCAGAGGUAGCAGCUAUGACAGUACGCUGCAAUGAAAUGGCACUUUGAUUAAAUUAAACGUCAAUGUACAGUUACACAUUUCACAGACUGUAACAUUUAAACAUACAAAGCUACAACAAUUUUAAUAUAACUGUGUUCACAAAAAGAUGCUUAAAUUAACUAACGUCACAUAUUUCUGUUGUCUUAUAUAAGACACUUAGGUUAAAAACAUGUUAUCGAUAUUUAGUUUCUUUCUUGCACUGCGUUUGAUGUUGACAAGUACUGAAUUAAUUUUCUUUAUGAUAUAUAUUUAGGCUAAUUUAAAUCAUC